GAGGCGUUCCUGUGAUCAGUGGCUCUGCCAGCCAGGGUGAUGAUUUUUGGGCUCUCUGAGCUAGACAGAAGGUCAGUCGGGAAAACAAAGCUCAUUGUGAAACCCCCACCUCUCAAAUGGCUGACAUAAACAUCUCUCGUGGCGCUGUUAAAGUGCUACAUCCGGUCCACUUUAAGAGGGCCACCCAAAGUAUGGCGGUGAGGAAUUAUGAGGACAUGCCUCGUCAGUUCCCAAAGGUAACUCUCAACGAGGCAGAGAAGAGAUCGCAGCUACUGGCUGAGAAGUUUUUGGCUUCGGCGCUGAAGGAAGAAGACAACAAGGAUGCCUUGUCGAUGUUCACGGUGUCCGAGGACUGCCCGAUCGGCCUGCAGCAAGCCAAAGAUCACGAGCUGCUCAAGGAGCUGGCAGAGCAGCAGUCAGAGGAGAGCGUCAAGAGGAGAAAAAGCUUGAGGCUGAUCCGCUCCAAGUCACAAUCGCUGCAGAUCCCAGUGAACACAGACUAUCCAGACUCCAGGGCAGUAACACCGUCACUGUCCACCAGCUCCAACUUCUCAUCAGUAGCAGAAAGCUGUCCUGAUUUCCAGAGAGUCACUAUUAGCGGCGAUUACUGUGCUGGAGUCACAGUGGAUGACUACGAGCAGGCGGCCAACAGUCUGUUUAAAGCUCUGCUGCUCAGAGAGAAGUAUUCAAAGCUGGCCUAUCACAGAUUCUGCAGAACGACAAGCCAGUUCCUGCGCACCGCUGAGAACAUGAGCUGGGACGUAGAAGACGAGGUUCUGCCGGAAAUGUGUCCAUUUCCUGCCAAAGGCGAGGACCCGUACAGCACGGACGACAUUCCUGAAAAUCUCAACUACGAGCUGAAGAUGAAGGAUGGGAUCGUGAAUGUGUACGAGAGUGCAGAGACCCUCAGAAUGGACCAGCCCAAUGAUCUUCCUUACCCGGACCUGGAGACCUUCGCUAUAGAUCUCAGUUACGUGCUGACAAUGAUCACAGAUGGACCCACCAAGACCUACUGUCACAGAAGACUAAACUUCUUAAGUUCAAAGUUCCACCUCCACGAGAUGCUCAACGAGAUGGCCGAGCUUAAGGAGCUGAAACGUGUGCCUCACAGAGACUUUUACAAUGUUAGGAAGGUUGACACACACAUUCACGCAGCUGCGUGCAUGUCUCAGAAACACCUGCUCACCUUCAUCCAGGAAAGAUACAAGUCCGAUAAAGACCGUGUAGUCUUGGAAAAAGAUGGGAUCGAGAUGACCCUGCAGGAGGUUUUCCACUACCUCAACAUGGACGCCUACGACCUGACUGUGGAUUCUCUAGAUGUACACGCUGGAAGGCAAACCUUUCACAGGUUUGACAAGUUCAACUCAAAGUAUAACCCCAUGGGUGCCAGUGAACUUCGGGAGAUCUUCCUGAAAACGGACAACUACAUUAAUGGAGAGUACUUUGCUCUGAUCAUAAAGGAGGUGGCCGCCGACUUGGAGGAGAGUAAGUAUCAGCACGCAGAGCCGCGCCUGUCGAUCUACGGACGCUCCCCUGAGGAGUGGGACAGUCUCGCACGGUGGUUCAUUCAGCACAAAGUCCACUCACCGAACAUGAGGUGGAUGAUUCAGGUUCCCAGAAUAUAUGAUAUUUUCAAGUCAAAGAAAGUGGUACCCAAUUUUUCCAAGAUGCUGGAGAACAUAUUCCUUCCUCUCUUCAAGGCAUCUGUGAAUCCACAGAACCACAAAGAACUCCAUGUUUUCCUCAAAUAUGUUUCCGGCUUUGACAGCGUAGACGAUGAGUCCAAACACAGCAACCACAUGUUCUCUUACAAGAGCCCAAAGCCAGAGCAGUGGACCGCACAUGACAACCCUCCCUACAGCUACUACAUCUUCUACAUGUAUGCCAACAUCAUGGUGCUCAACAACCUGCGAAAAGAGCGUGGACUGAGCACCUUCCAGUUUCGCCCCCACUGUGGCGAGGCAGGGUCCAUCACCCAUCUGGUCUCUGCCUUUCUAACUGCUGACAACAUCUCACAUGGACUCAACCUGAAAAAGAGUCCUGUGCUGCAGUACCUGUACUACCUGGCCCAGGUGCCCAUUGCCAUGUCUCCCCUCAGCAACAACAGCCUCUUCCUGGAAUACUCCAAAAACCCUCUGAGAGAGUUCCUACACAAAGGCCUGUGCGUGUCGCUGUCCACGGAUGAUCCCAUGCAGUUCCACUACACCAAGGAACCGCUGAUGGAAGAGUACGCCAUAGCAGCUCAGUUGUGGAAGCUCAGCACCUGCGAUGUCUGUGAGAUCGCCAGGAACAGUGUGCUGCAAAGUGGACUUAGUCACCAGGAGAAGAAGCAGUUUUUAGGAGCGAACUACCUGAAAGACGGACACGAAGGAAAUGACAUCCGUCGGACCAAUGUCGCCCAGAUCCGCAUGGCCUACAGACACGAGACGCUGUGCAACGAGCUCAGCUUCAUAGCCGAUGCGGUAAAGCCCGAAGCUAUGGAUUCCUAUUUGGAUUAAAAUAAACUUCAUCUUUUAGCUUUUUUUUUUUUUUUUUGUUUAAAUAAGAGCAGCAGGCAAAUGUGUUCUGAUGGUUAACGUAAAGAUUAUACCUUUAAGUGCAACCUGAAGCCCGACAGAUCUCAGAACGGAUGAAGACGCACACCUUCAACGAAUGAGAUGUUUAUUUUUGAAGGUUUAGACUAAACCUGUGGAGGGUCAGACUUGAGAAGUUGAUUCACACAUGCUAUGUAGUACCUUUAUGUAUAAAGUAUUGUGCAUUCUGUAUAGGGUAUGCUGUAAAAAAACAAAAAAACAAAAGUGAAACAGAAUGCGCCGAAGGCCAGAGAUGAUAUUAUUUAUGAUCUUUUCAAACAACAAAGACGGGGAAAAUGUGAGAUUUCCUUUGUGUCUUCUUUAAGCACUUUUGGCAUUUUGUUCUGUGAGCUGUUAAACAUCCUGUGUAAAAAAAAAAAAAAAAAAAAAAAAAAAAA